AAAUUGAGCUGAAUUACGGUAAUAUUUGAACAUGGAUUAAGAUGUUCCAAGAGAAGAACAGAUAAGAAAUAUGCAUUCGUCUUGGGGAUUCACAUCCUAAGGUUAGCAUACCGAGAUGGAAACAAUAAAAAAACUAAGGAAAUCACCGAAUCCUCGGGAAACGGCGCCGUUCCUUUCCAAGCUGACAUUUUGGUAUUUGAAUCCACUAUUCAGAAAAGGAUGGAAGACACCAUUGGAGUCUUCAGAUUUGCACGAAACAUUGAAAGAAUAUUCUUCAAAGCAGCUUGGAAGCGACUUAAAAAGUGAAUGGAACAAAGAGCUGGAGAAAAAAAAGACAGGGAAAAAAGCAAGUCUUCUGCAUUCACUGACGAAAACACACAAAUCGACCAUCUUGAAACAAGGCUUGCUACUUUUCACUGAGGCUUGUCUGCAGGUAGCCUCUCCAUUUCUGGUUGGAUUUCUUGUUGAAAUCUUUGGUUCAAGUAAUGCGCAAAAUAGAAAUGCGGCCUACAUGUAUGCUGGAGGAAUCUUGCUCAUAUUCACUUUGUCUCUGAUUUGCCGGCAUGCGGCGCUUUUCAUUUUGGAACGCCUCGGACUGAAGAUGAGAACUGCAUUGACUGAACUUGUGUAUCAAAAGGCACUCACACUAAAUCAAAGUGCAUUUUCACAAACCUCAUCAGGACAGAUUGUCAAUUUCGCAUCGAGUGAUGCCCAGAAACUGCUAGUUGGACUGCUCUUUGUGAAUUCGUUUUGGAUAGCGCCAUUCCAGCUCCUUGUCAUCUCUGUUCUUAUUUAUACCCAAAUUGGCAUCGCUGUGUUUCCCGGCGUUGGCCUAAUGCUACUCUUUAUUCCAUACCAAAUUGGGCUGGGGAAGCUUUUUGCAUAUCUAAGGCGCAAAGUUGCAGCUCUUACAGAUCAGAGAGUGAACAUCAUGAGUGAGGUGAUCAAGGGAAUGCGUGCAAUUAAGAUGUACUCUUGGGAGGAGCCUUUUACGAAUAUCGUCAACGCGAUUCGACGGAAAGAGAUUGGUCGUAUUAAACAAACAGUCAUGGUACGGGCCCUGAACUCGACAGUUUUUACUUCAAUGCCAUACUUAUGUGGGCUUCUGAUGUUUACAACUCAUUAUCUCCUUGGCGAAACAUUAACUCAAAAGAAAGUCUUCAGCAUUAUUGCCCUGUUACAAGUUCUGAGGUUCCAUUUGAAUCUUUUCCUUCCGAUCGCUGUUCAAUGCGGCGCAGAGAUGGUUGUCGCCUGUUCUCGUGUACAGGAAUUUCUGGAACUGGAUGAAAUGAAAUCGGAGAAUGUUGUGUCUAGCACUUUGUCUCAAGAAGACCCAAUUCCCUACGUCGUUGCCAAAAGCUUAAAAGCUUCUUGGAGCAAGUCAGAAGAUGAUCUCAGUCUCAAUGGUAUUCACUUUGAUCUCACUGCGGAGAAGCCUUUACUAAUGAUUGCUGGACCUGUUGGGGCUGGAAAGAGCUCAGUCUUAAUGGCUUUGUGUGGUGAGCUUCCUAUCAUAGAAGGCCAAGUACAAAUCAAUGGUUCUAUCGCUUAUGUUUCGCAACAGCCGUGGAUCUUUUCAGGGACUGUCCGACAAAAUAUUCUUUUUGGACAGCCAUAUGUGGCAGGGAGGUACAAAGAAGUGAUUAACGCAUGCGCUCUCGCAGAGGAUUUGAGUCAUUUUCCGGAAUCUGAUCACACGAUCGUUGGAGAGAGAGGAGUCUGCAUCAGUGGAGGUCAGAAAGCACGGAUCAGUUUGGCAAGGGCUGUUUAUCGAAACGCUGACAUCUAUCUGAUGGAUGAUCCAUUAAGCGCUGUUGACACAAAAGUUGGGCGCCACGUGUUUGAAGAAUGCAUUAACGGAAUAUUGAAGACGAAAAUCAGGAUUUUGUGCACGCAUCAAGCCCAGUACUUUAAAUACGCUGAUAAAAUACUCGGCCUUCGAGAGGGCAAGCAGAUUACCCUUGCUUCUCUUGAUGAGCUCAUUGAAAUGAGGUUCGACGUGAACUCUCUGACGUCAGAAGAAUCCUUUGAGAAAGAAUGGGACAGAGACAGUGCUGUAGACUUCGAAGAAGUUAGGGUACACGUGAAACAGCCCCGGGUCCGCUCAAACUCCACCACCUCGUCUCAUUCUCAUAGCUCUAGUAUCAAAGUAGCUUCUCGUGUCAACCUCAGCUACGUUUCUGAAGAGUCCCUUACCGAUGCUGUGGAUUUAGCUGAAGGCAACAGUGACGAAGAAACGAAAAUGACGGGAACCAUACCAGUACGACUGUACGUCAAAUUUUUCAGAUCUGGUGGCGGAAUCAUUUUAUCCGUGUUCGUUUUACUCCUGUGUCUCAUUAGUCAGCUUUCCAGAACUGGGGUAGAUUGGUGGAUCGGAAAUUGGUCUGACGGCGAGGAAAUGUCAGCCGCGAACAAGACAUUAAUCAACUUGAAAUAUUACUUCAAAACUGACAAGGACAAUAAUUUGUACAUGUUUGUUGGAUUGACACUACUGUCAUUUGUCUUGUCACUGUGCAACUCCCUGCUAUUCUUCAACUUAGCAGUGGAUGCAAGCAAGAAAUUGCACGAGAAUAUGAUGUCCGCUAUAAUGAAAACCUCACUCUACUUUUUCGACACAAUUCCUGUUGGUCGAAUCCUGAAUCGUUUUUCAAAAGACACAUAUUUCCUUGACGAGGAAAUGCCAUGGGUAUUUUUUGACGUGUCUUUGUAUGGGUUGUUCACGAUAAAUGCCUUGGUUAUUAGUGCUGUUAGUGUUCCAUACAUAAUCAUCAUCAUGAUCCCGUUGGCCAUUGCCUUUUUCCUGCUGCGAAGAUAUUACUUGCAAACGGCAAGAGAUAUAAAACGACUGGAAGGGAUUUCGAGAAGCCCGAUGUUCGCGCAUUUAUCAGCCACUCUUGAAGGUCUAACGACGAUCAGGUCAUCAGGUUCUGUUGAUAAAGUGACUGAAGAGUUUUUAGAGUGUCAAGAUCAUCAAUCGGAUGGUUGGUUUCUCUUCAUCAGUAGCUCAAGGUGGUUCUCCAUUCGUCUUGAAGCGAUUCUUCUAUUGUUCAUUGGCUUUACUGUCUUCGCUCCAAUGAUAAUACAGCAUUUUGCAACUGUCGAUGCAACUCUUGUUGGCCUAACUUUGAUUUACUGUUUACAACUUGGUGGCCUAUUUCAAUGGUGCGUUAGACAAACUGCUCAAGUCGAAAGUCUGAUGACGUCAACUGAGCGAAUCGUUGAGUACUGUAACCUCGAUCCUGAACCAGAGAUCGAUACCAAAACAGUUUUGUCUAAAGGCUGGCCCAAGUAUGGGAUUAUCACAGCAGAAGGGGCCUCUUUUGCCCACCACAAGUCUUUGCCCUAUGUGUUGAAGACCAUGUUCUUCUGUAUUCGGGCAAGCGAAAAAGUAGGUGUGAUUGGCCGAACUGGUGCAGGAAAGUCGUCUUUAAUUGCCGCAAUGUUUCGAACUGGGAAAUUGAUGGGGACAAUUCGUAUAGACGGUGUUGCUACCUCAGACAUUCCACUCAAGACACUACGCAGCAGCAUGUCUGUCAUUCCCCAGGAUCCAGUCCUCUUCAGUGGCACAUUACGAAUCAACAUUGAUCCGUUUAAUGAAUUCGAAGAUCCAGACAUUUGGGAAGUUCUCGAAGAAGUACAGCUCAAGGACGUUGUGUUUGAGCUUCCAAACAAAUUGACCACAGAAGUUUCUGAAGGUGGUGCAAAUUUCAGCGUUGGGCAGAGGCAACUGUUGUGUCUAGCAAGGGCAUUGCUUUUAAGGAAGAAGAUUCUGUUUAUUGACGAAGCAACUGCAAAUGUUGACAACGACACUGAUGCCUUGAUCCAGGAAACAAUUAAGGACAAGUUCAGGGAUUGCACAGUCAUUACAAUUGCCCAUAGGCUGAAUACGAUAAUGGACUGCGAUCGUAUUAUGGUCAUUAAAGCUGGUAAGAUAGUCCAGUUUGACGAUCCGUGCGAGUUAUUCAAGGACAAAGAUGGGGAAUUUAAGCAGCUUGUCAACCAAUCUGGUAAUGUCGAGGCUGCACGUCUUGAGAUGAUGGCAAACGAGGCUAAAGAAAUAAAGCAGCUCAUAAAGGAGAGAACCCAGCAAACAUAUCCAGGAUGCAAUAUUACAAGGUCUAAAACAAGAGAGCAAAUAAUUGAAAUUUUUGGCUCACGGGUUGUAUACGAAACAUCCUUAUAGUUUCAACCUGUUUGUGAUAACCAUACAUAGCUAUUUAUUCCGUAAGUUCUUGCUAGAGUAGGGGGGUAUUUAGACGUAACAUCGAGAAAAUGAUCAUUUUACUACAGUUUCUAUUAAAUGAAUAAACCCUUUGGUCACUUUUUAAAAACAUAUAAGAAAAUCUGAAGCGAAUUUUGAGAUUUCUUUCUGCAUAUAAAUGUUUAGACAAUAAUCAGCCAGUUAGUAAGUUUCUUGCUUGUCCAGUGAAAUUUUCUUCUUUCAAGAAAUAAAGAAGCCACUAGGUUAUCAACGGCCACGCUGCUUCCACGCACUGGCUUCUCUUCUAUCGAUGACGACAGCCCCUUGUAUUUUGAAUAUUGUAAAAAUAUAUUUUUGAAGAGGUUGUGAAGAAUAGAAAAAAGGAAAACUGGCUGGCUACUUUCCCAUCUUUUUUCGUGCCUUCUCAGGUCGAAGCUCUGGUCUUUAUUUCUUCAUAAGCUUUUGUAUCUUUUGUAUAUAUAUAUAAGAGACGUAUUAUAAAAAAACAUAUUUAUAGUAUAGUUUAACAUCUAUAUUUUAGAUAGUAUCGCGUGCAAGUAUUUUUUACAAAGCAGUGAUAUUUGGCACUUAUGUUGAGUUUUUACUUAAAGAUCUCUUCUUUUUGCUAUAUGCACAAGUCA